AUGGAUUACAGUAUGAUUGAAUUAAAUGAUUUUCCAAUAGUGUGUCGAAUAUGCUUAGAAAAAAAAGAAAAAUUAAUUUCAAUAUUUACUGAAAUUUCUAAUUUAGAAGGAAAAUCCUAUCGAGAAAUGUUAAAAGAAUGUGCCUCCGUCAAUAUUUCUGAAAAUGAUACCUUGCCUAAAAAUGUAUGCCUUCAAUGUUCAAAAUAUUUAAAACAAAGUUACAAACUAAAAGUACAAUGCUUGUCAUCAGAAAAACAUUUACAGAGUUUAAUUGAAAAUUCUCAAAAAAUCAAAGUAGAAGAACCAUUUUCACAAAAUGAAAUAUUAGAUAAUGAUUUCAAUUUUUAUGAUGAUGACGAUAAUAAAGAUUAUGAUUUUAAUUUUUAUGAAUCAAAAACUAAUUAUCCCAUGCAGCAAGUUGAAGUUAUUGUAAAAGAGGAGCUUUCAGAUAAUUUUACCGACAACAGUUCAAAUUCUAAAAAAAUUAAUAAAGUGGUGAAUUAUAAAUGUACAGAUUGUGAAGCACAGUUCACAUGUGCAAAUAAAUUGUUUGAUCAUAGUGUAGACGUACACUCCAAAUCAGUGGUACAGUGUGAGUUUUGUAAAACAGAUUUUAACACUGGAAACGAUUUACGAAUUCAUUGUUCGGAUUCCACUAUCUGUAAAUGGUGUUUAAAAGAUUGUGACUGCAUUAAUAAUUUAACAAAACAUAAUCAAGAACAUAAUGUCUGUGAUAAAUGUGGGAAAACAUUUAAAAAUGCUGAGCUCUGCCAAAAGCAUAUGGAGAUUCAUAUAAAAGAAAAUAAAAAUAAUGGUUUUUUAUGUACAUAUUGUGGAAAAUCAUUUUCGAAUCGAUCAAACAUGACAAUUCAUACCCGAAAACAUACCGGAGAAAAACCAUACCAGUGUGACAUUUGUGAAGCCCAAUUUAUAGAAAAUCGUCAUUUAAAGAGGCACAUGAAUAAACAUUCAACAGAGAAAAAAUUUGAAUGUGAUAUUUGUAGUGCCAAAUACAAAUGGGAAGAGGGUUUAAGACAGCAUAAAUUGGCUCAACAUAUGCAAGGAGAAUUUCCAUGUACAAUUUGUGAUAAAAUUUGUAACACUAAAAAGUAUUUACGAAGGCAUUUAUUAUCUCAUUCUGGAAAACCGCGAGGUGGUGAAUGGAACCUUGUAUGUACAUAUUGUAACAAAUUAUUUAAUAGAAAAGAUAAUCUAAAAGUACAUUUAAGAAUUCAUACAGGAGAAAAACCAUUUGUUUGUAAUAAAUGUGGAAGAGGUUUUUCCGCUAAACAUGUUCUAAAUGGUCACAUGAAAACUUGUAACAUUAAGAAUAAUAUUAUUUGA